CCGUGUCGCUCCGCCCAUAUGAGUUGUCCCACCCAGUUGCCAGCCAAGUCCUUCUCGCUUUCGUCUAAGAUAGUUACUGUUGUUAGGAUUUUCCCUCAGGUUUAGCUGAAUUCGCACACCAGAAACAGCAAUGGCAAGUCACAUCAAGAGCGAUGCAUCUGGACAUGUGGAGAAGGACAGCGCUGUAGCAGCACAGGCAGUCGGAGAGAACAUUACCGAGACUGAUGCCUUCAGUGAAAGUUUAUUUUCUCUGGAUCCUAAUGAGGAGUAUAAGAUGGACCACAAAAGGCGUGGAAUGGUACUGAUUUUCAAUCAUGAACGUUUCCACUGGCAGCUCAUGAUGAACAACCGCUCUGGCACGAAUGCAGACAGACACAACCUCAUCCGAAGAUUUCAGGAGUUGGGUUUUGAAGUGAAGGCUUGUGAUGAUUACAAGCGGGAUGAAGUUUUGAACACAAUCACAGAAGUUGCUGCUGCUAAUCACGCGGAUGCAGACUGUUUUGUCUGCAUCUUUUUAAGUCAUGGGGAAAAUGGCCAAGUCUAUGCCUAUGAUGGGAGCAUUGAUAUUCAAGACAUCACUGCUCUUUUCAAGGGGGAUAAGUGCCGUAGCCUUGUAGGAAAACCCAAGAUCUUCAUCUUGCAGGCUUGCCGUGGUGACAAACAUGAUGAACCUGUGGCACCAAUGGAUGUGGUGGACAGUCAUAUGAUCAAUGAUGUGGUAGUGGAUGCGGGGGUUCUCUACACUCUUCCAGCAGGGGCAGAUUUCCUUAUGUGCUACUCAGUGGCUGAAGGAUACUACUCUCACCGCGAGACCAUAAAUGGUUCGUGGUACAUCCAGGAUUUGUGUGAAAUCCUAAAACGUUAUGGUUCCACACUGGAAUUUACUGAGCUCCUGACACUUGUUAACAGAAAAGUUUCCUACCGCAGCGUAGGCAACUGCAAUGAUCUCAAAGCUAUAGGCAAAAAACAGGUGCCUUGCUUUGCAUCCAUGCUCACUAAAAAGCUGUUUUUCAGGGCUAAGAAAGAAUAGCAGUGUUAGGGCCUUUUGCAAUAAGGGAUUCAGGGAUUCUUUUAUUUUAUCUGAUUUAUUUAGAUUCCUAAUGAUCAUAUAUCCAUUCUUUUAAAAAUAAAACAUGGAAAACAUGCUCUUUUGCUUGUUUUAGCCUGGAGGUUUGACAUGGGUAAGGGUUAAAAAGUGCAAGUACAUUUGUAAUUUUAUAGGUUAAUUUCUGACCCAUUUAUGAUUUCCCAGAAUUAAAUUCAUAAUCAGCAGAUUGAUGUACUGCAGCAGAUUUUAUAUUCACAAAUUAAACAAAAUAACAACAGGCCAAGUCCCCAGUUAUUUAAAUCCAUCAAUCCAUCUAUUUUCUAUACCCGCUUAUCCUAUGUAGGAUCGCAGGGCUGCUGGGGGCUUAUUACAGAAAACUUCCUAUCUUAAGUCUUAAGUUAAGAUCUGAGUUAAGAUUUUUCUCAAAUUAAUAUUACAGAAGCAAAUCCUAAGUGUAGCUAAGAUAGGAUAAUGCAUUUAGGGAAUGUUAUUCUGUAAUAGCUUUCGUCCUAAAUGAGAUCCUAUCUGAAAUUGCCAUGGUUACCAAACAGAUAAGAUAGGAUCCUAAAGUUAGGAUCUUUCUGUAAUAUGCCCCCUGGAGCCUAUCUUAACUACCUCAGGGCAAAGGCAGUGAAACCAAAGGGAACCAAUGAAAGAAUUAAAAAGAAAGCCCAUAAAAUAUUGAAACUUUGACACACAUUAAUGCCAGAUGUCAAGCAACUACAUUUAAACAUUAUCACAAAGCAUUAUCAGUGAUAUUAUCACUUCCAUCUGUGGAUGAGACAUGUUUUAGUAAAGAAUUUGAAGAUCCAGGACUUUUGAGAACUUUUUAUUCUGAAAGGGAAUGACCGAAACAAGAAAAUCCAUUUAGACAGCUAAUUCACUUGAAUAUCAUCUUAGAAAGUGUAUCUACCUACCUACUUACGCCUACUUGAUUUUCAUACAAACGACUUGCUCGUUUCCAUUGAAUAGUUAGAAUUAUGUUUUUGCUUGCGCUGUGAAGCUACAUCUUUACACACUCUAAGGUCUAACUAUUCUUUAGCCAGAGGCCACAAAGAACACUUUUCUGGUGUAUCAAAUAUUUUUGGUGAUUGGAACAGGGCAUGUCUUGUGACCUGUCAUUUAUUUGUGUAGUGUUAUGUUGCAUCUGGUAAUUAUUAGUAUGUUUUGUAAGGCAAGAUUUAAUUAUUUGUGACCAUUAAUAAAUGUCCAUUUAAUAUGUUCUUUGCUCAGUUAUAUUACCUCAGAAUGAAGUUUAUAGAAUGACACUCUUUUAAUGUAUGAACAAAACUCAUAAUAUGCAUAUCAUGGCCUCUUUGUUAUGGUUGAGGAUGUAUGAGUUUCACUGACUGUUUUAUGCUCUGGUGCAAUAUGGAUAAUUGGGAAAUUGUGUUUUGUAACAUAAUAAAAGAUAUAACUACUUAUGAGAAUUUUGGUGGAUGAGUAAUUGUCAGUGUGAAUAGCCAACCAGUUUCCGUAAACCAACAUCACACUAGAUUAUUUUUUCAGCCGAUUUCCAAUCUAAGAACUCAAUGACAUAUUCGCUAGAGAAUAGUGACACUUGAAAUAGUGAAAGCCUGUAUGUGUAUGUGACACCCCCGACCAAAAUCAAGUUUCAAAUCGGGUAGCGCGAUGAUGCCUCUAAUAUACAGUAUAAUUUGUAUCAAGGAUGCUUGUGAUUAAUAAGUCUGUAAUGAUGCCAUUGAUUAGAAUCGAUGUGGUAAAAUGUAUAUACAAUUUGUUUGCUCAGAAAUUGCAAACCUUUUUUGUUGUUUUUUGUUUUAAUAACUUUGGUACUGUUUUCACAUGUAAAUGGGAUGAUUUAUUGAUUUAGCAUAUUUAUUUUAACUUUUGCAAAACUUAGUACUAGUCUCCAUAUCGAUCAUCAAAAGUGCAGUCUAUUCUAUUUUUAAUGAUAUAGUACAUUGGGAUGUCAUACUGUACCUUUUUUUUUUAUCACACCUUUUGAUAACAUAAUGGAUCGAUAUUACAGGCAUUAUGGAUUUUUUUUUUUUUUUUUUUUGUGUGAAUUUGAUUAUGUAGGUGUUUUUUUAUUUAUUUAUUUUUUAUAUGAGACGACUGUAGCCUACGUAUUGCAUUACAGUUACAAAUUUUAUUUUAGAAACUCUAAAGGCUUUUUGAUACAUGUAUCUUAUAUUGUUUGCUAUUGAAUUAAAGGUGCACUCCCUAAUUUUUUCCCCAUGAAAAAAGUUUUACUCCUAAAGAAAUUAUUUGUAAUUUUGAAACAUAUAUAUAUAUAUAUAUAUAUAUAUAUAUAUAUAUAUAUAUAUAUAUGUGUGUGUGUGUGUGUAUAUAUAUACAUAUAUAUAUAAUAUAAAAAAAUCAUGAGUGCACAGAGAUGAGGACUCUAGUCAGGGGUGCGUUUUUCCCAAAAGCAUCGUUAGCCAACUACGGUCGCAAGUUUCAUCGUUUCCAACGUAUUUCAACGAUUUGGCGUUUCCCGAAACCGUAGUUUCAACAAACAUUCGCAAACAUUGUCACAAAGUUGUGUAGCUCUCUACCUGUGGUUAGAAGCAUAGUUCCUUGUUAGUUUGUUGUGUGGACAUAAUUGAUUUGGCCACAGAUGAGGUGUGUUCUAUUCAGACUUAUCACUCCUAUGCCCCAUUCCUUUCAAAGACUUCACCAUCCACUCUGAGAGCUUUGAAAGGCUUGAAGUUGUGGUACUCAAAGUUAUUUUUUGGGAAAUUUGAAACGAUCUUCCAGUGUGACUGUCACAAUUGUUCUCCCUUCGAAGUGACCUCCUAAGGCAAUAUUUAUUCCAUUUGGAACGCAGAAUUGGCUUCGAUUUUGCGUAGAAAAGGUGAGCUAUUUUAUUAUUUACAAGCGAACAUCUUUGUUACAAAGACAAAUUUCACAUAUGACUUUAGGCCUAUAGGUAAAACAUAAUAUGCUUGUUAAUGGUUUUCACUGAUAUAAAAAAUUAUCUGUACUGUGCAUACAGUAGGCUAUAUGCAACAUAUCUGCAGUACUUUGAGUACAUUGUCAGAAAAGUGCUAUGUAAGUGUAAAAUUCAUUCAUUUAUAUAUUUCAAAAUAUUACACUUUCAUAUAUGUAAAACAUAAUUUCCCCAAAUCACAGUGUAAUUUUAUUUAGCCAAUAUGCCCAAAUAAAUGAACAAUAAUUGCAGAAAUAUACAUGUAUGGCCAUAUAUCUGAUUUCUGUAUUGGAUAACGUCUAAGUGGUUUUGUGUUUAUUGUGAGGUGUUCACAGAAAUAGAAUAUAAUAGAAUAUGGAAUAUUCUCAAUAGGAUAUGUUAUAGAAAACAAAAGUAUACUUCUUGUUUGCAGUAAUCUUUCAAUUAAUGUUUACAGGCGAAAAAACACAUAGUCCAAGUGUGACGAGUAGGAGGGCGGGGCUGGGCGUAAUCGGGCUAAUCAGCCAAGGAGAGGGAUAAAUGCAGCCGGAUACGGCAGUUCGGGAGAGAGAGAGCCACAUGCAGUUGCCCUCUGUGUAUUUGUGUCUUUUUGUUUCAUUAAAUAAUACUUUGACUGUUCAGCCGAUUCCCGCCUCCUCCUUGCCCAUUUAAACCCUGUUACACCAAGGAUGCAUUCUGCCUUGAUGUGAGUUCAGUGGAUCAUCAUCAUCAGUAGUAGCAGCAGCAUCUUCAUCAGCAGCACCAGCAUGACCCCCUCUUUCUCCUCAGGAAGUUGAACAAAUUUCCAUGACUGUAAUGUUGUGAUUGGAUUUGAGGCGUUUUGGGGAAAGUCAGUGUGGUGUUCAUAAGCUGUAACAGCAAAGGUGUUACUGCUUUCACAGCCUUGCUGAGCCACAGGCCAUUACCAACCACCUCCAUAAAACUUCCCACAGCAUAGUAAUGCAGUGCAGCUAAAAACUGGACUUAUGGUGUAGUUUCUUCUUGUGGCCCUCUGAAGGUGUUUUCACAACUUGCAGCAAUUCAAGGAUCUUGGUCCUUGGAACCCAGAAUGUUCUUAUGAUGUCCUCAUCAGAUAGAGAGUCAAGUAGGAAGAAAAUUGUCCUUAUGUAGGCAUUUAUAUACACUACCUGACUUCUGCAUCACCUUCUGUAUAGUGUAUUUAUUAGAGUUAUUAAUACACUGCUACUGAUGCACCUGAGGAAUGGAUAGAAACACCUGGGUGGCUAAUAAUCAUCUAAAUUAACUAGCUAAAUAUGAGUGUUUCAUCAAUGAUUUGUGACAGUAAUAGGGCACAGCUUAAUUUGAUUAAGCCCCCAUAGUUAUCAUGCUGUGGCUUGGGAAAAAUGAGAAGGCCUCUCUUUAGAAUUGUCUGAGGAUUUAAAUAAAGGAUGUGUUUUGUAUCAUGUUUGGCUUAUAUUAUCAUGGCUGUUAUUUGUGUAUUGAUACAAUCUUUACAUAGCCAGCUUUAGUUACUUGUUCAAGAUUAGACUGUUGUAGUGUAUGUGAUGAUGGGUCAUCGCCACUGCAAAACAAUAAACCAAUAAACCUUUUGUAUUUCAUUCCAUACAUAGGAUUCUUAAUCACACUUACAGUAUAUAGUUUAUUAAAGACAUUAUUCUGGUAGCUGAUAAUGAAGUAAUGACAUUGCAUGACAUAAUUCACACAAUAAUUGCUUACAUUUGAUCUGGCAUUCCAAUGCUAUUGUGAUGCACUAAGUCAGAAGUAUCACCUAUUAUGUGCUCAUUUCUACAUAUUAAACUACUGGAUGAAUUCCCAGUGUAUUAGAAAAGCACUAACUCAAAACACCUGUUAAAAAUGACUGUAUUUGUGGUCAUCAAAUGGGAUAUUAUAUUUAGUAUUUAAAUUCAGAUUGUGAAGGGUUUUAACUUCUGUCACUGAAAAGCAACUUGAAAAUCAUAUGUUUGUUGCCAUGCAACACCAUACAGCUUCACCAGAGCCCCAUUUGCCAGACCCAGUCUUUAUCUUUCACUCCAUAUAUAUUUAAUUUUAUAUCUUUCAUUGUGUCAAGAAUAAAAGUGGCGUUCUUAUUGGUUUUUGAAAAAGUGUGCAUAUGUGUGCUCAAGUGCCCCGGAGAUAAAAGGGAAACCCCACUAUUGCAGCUCAAUGCUGCGAGAGGUCACAAUGAAAACAAACACACCAGCAACAGAGGGGCAUGUGAAAAUAAAGCAAAACAACGGAGAACAGAAAAUAGAGAAGUAGUCCUCGGAUGCUAUGUUCGUUAUUUACAGCAGCAUCGUGUGGAAAUAACGUUGCUGUGGAGCUGCUUACUGACCUAACCGCUUGUAUACUGUAGUAAAGAGUACGCCACAAUG